ACAGCAGCGGAAGAGCCUCCGAAAAAACAGUCGAGUCUGGAACGUCGCUGAGCUUACACGAACGGAAAAGCGUUGUUAAUAUCCCAGAGUUAUCAUGUUGAAGGCGAUUAUUGUUUUUGCCACUAUUUUAGUGGCCGUGGUUCUGGCUACGCAACCGCUGGAACAGAAAGAAAGGAACCACCAUCUGGACCAUAAACACCAUUUGUCGCAGCACCACCAAGAGUUCCAGAAGGUCAGACAUACGGCCAAUGAGCACACCAAACACGGAAAGAAUCAUCAUCUGGUGCCUUCCCACGUUAAGGAUCACCAAUCCCAUGGGCACUCCACGUUCCAAAGGAAAGUAAGACAGGCCAAACAUGACCAUGGUCACAAGAAGAGCCUCCACCAGAAGGACCAUCACCAGAAGGACCACCACACCCGGAAAGUGCGAUCCCACGCAAAAGCCAUCAAAUCCCAUCACAAAAGGCACACGGGAUCGGGAUCGCGUCGCCACUAAAAAAUACAUUUGGCCAUGAUAUUUCCUAUUUAAAUCCUAGUUUAUGUGUAUGUCAGUUGUAUCCGUUUGCCAAAAUAAAAGUGGAGCAUUGGAAUCAA